AUGACGUUUUUCGACCCGGAGACCGAGGAGCUAGACAUCCCCGUCAUCAAGAAGCAUGCAGUACGACUAGCAGAGGCUGGUCUCGUCGGGCUUGUCACCAUGGGGUCUAACGGCGAGGCCGUCCACCUAUCGCGAGCCGAGAAGACUGCAGUUACGCGAGCAACCCGCGAGGCCCUAGACGAGGCUGGCUACCAAAACGUCCCUGUCAUUGUAGGAGCAUCCGAGCACGGCAUCAAACUCACUAUUGAGCUCUGCAAAGAAGCCGAGGCUGCAGGUGGCGAAUACGUCCUCAUCGUCCCUCCCAGCUACUAUCGUUAUGCCAUUGACGAAGAGGCAAUCUACGACUACUUUGUGAAGGUUGCGGACGGCUCACCCCUCCCUAUCAUUUUGUACAACUACCCCGGUGCUGUUGCAGGCAUCGACAUGGACAGCGACCUCAUUAUCAAGCUUGGCAAGCAUCCCAACAUUGUCGGCACAAAGUUCACAUGUGGCAACACGGGUAAGCUCACACGUGUUGCCCUUGCUACCAAUGCCUGCACAGCCAAAAGCAACGGUAGCGGCUACAUGGCCUUUGGCGGCAUGGCCGACUUCACAGCCCAGACAGCUGCUAGUGGCGGAUCCGGCAUCAUCGCCGGUGGUGCCAACGUGCUUCCCAAGACGUGCGUCAAGGUCUGGAAUCUGUGGGCCGAGGGCAAAUAUGACGAGGCCAUUGAGCUGCAAAAGGUGCUCAGCAAGGGUGACUGGGUCCUCACCAAAUCUGCCAUCCCUGGCACCAAGUCGGCCAUUCAGUCAUAUUACGGUUACGGCGGAUACCCACGUCGACCGCUCAAGAGGCUGCCGCAAGAAAAGGUGGAUGCGGUCGCUGAAGGGAUCAAGGAGGUCAUGGAAGUGGAGAAGAAGUUAUAGCUCUAAACCCUGAUUUUUCCCCUGC